AUGGCAGAUCAAGAACAAGAGUUCCAAGAAGAGGAAAUGUGGGGUGUGGUUUUGAAGCAGAAAGAAAGAAAACAAGGCUUCACUACCAGAAAAAUGAAAUCUUUUUCUUCUUCUUCUUGUUUAUCAGCUGCAUGGCAGUCACCUAUGCAUACAGCUCAAGAAAAGAUGGUUUCAAAGGCUAAAAAUGUGACCAGUGAAGCUCUCCAGCAGAAGCCAUCAGCACCUCUGAAAAUCCCAGGUUGCUAUAAUAUGCAAGACUCAAACAAUGGUGAUGAUAAUGUUGCUGAGAAUGAAGAAGAUGAUGAUGAUGAAGAAACCAUGGUUCCUCCUCAUGAAUAUAUGGCUAAGAAGAUGGCUAGGACAAGGAGUGCUUCACACUCCAUGUGUGAAGGAAUUGGAAGGACUUUGAAAGGUAGAGAUCUUUGCAAACUGAGGAAUGCAAUUUUGACCCAAACUGGAUUUCUUGAAAAAUGA